CCUAUAGAACCCUCAUACUGCCAAUGGUCCAUAUCACCCUGCCUGGGCUGCUUCUCUGCCUCUGCCUCUAUCUAUCUGUCGCUCCCGCCAAUCCGCUAAACGCCCACGCCCGCGUUUCUGACACGACCGCCUUCCCGCUCCCCAACGAGGGCCAUGUCGUUGCCCACGAUCCCAGCAUCGUCCGCCACCACGAGCACUUUUAUCUCUUCAAGGGCGGGAUUCAUAUUCCCGUAUUCCGUGCUUCGAAUCUGUCAGGGCCAUGGGAACGACUCGGCACAGUGCUGAACGGGCCCAGCCUGGUCCAGAAACAGAACCAGCGGCGGCCAUGGGCGCCCAUGGUAACGCAGUGGAAGAACCGGUUUUACUGCUUCUACUCGAUCAGCCAGAAUGGGAAGCGCAAUAGCGCCAUCGGAGUCGCAUCGAGCGAUUCCGUAGAACCGGGCGGCUGGACCGAUCACGGGCCGCUGAUUAAUACGGGACAUGGGCCGGGGUCGGGGGUAUACCCGUUCAAUGUAUCGAAUGCGAUCGAUCCGGCGUUCUUCGCCGAUCCCAUCACGGGACAGCCAUAUCUGCAGUAUGGGAGCUAUUGGAAGGGGAUUUUCCAGGUGCCGCUAGCGGAGGACUUGCUGUCGGUUGAGAAUGCCACGCAUCCGAACACGGACCAUCUUGUUUUUCUGCCGAAGAAGAAGCCGAAGCCGAACGAGGGGGUUUUUAUGAGCUACCGGGCUCCGUAUUAUUAUGCUUGGUUUAGUCACGGGCAGUGCUGCCAUUUCAAGACGCAGGGGUUCCCGAAGGAGGGCAAUGAAUAUAGCAUUCGUGUCGGGAGGUCAACGAGCGUUCAUGGGCCGUUCGUUGAUCGUGACAACAAAGAUCUACUUAACGGAGGCGGCUCUGUAGUAUACGGAUCGAACCACGGGAAGGUCUAUGCUCCCGGUGGGCUGGGCGUCCUGCCUGGGGCCAACGGUGAGCCUGACGUGCUGUACUAUCAUUAUCACAAUGCCAGUAUCGGCUUCGCCCAGGGUUCAUCGCAGGAUGCACGAUUAGGCUGGAAUUAUCUUGACUAUGUCGACGGAUGGCCUGUCCCGAGAGCCCCUUCAAAUCCCGGCAACAGCCUCCAGCCCCCUUCGUCUGUCUCUCUCCAGAUCGUCGCAUUCCUGUGUUUGGUGAUUCUGUUCACUUUAUGA